UCUUGUGAGUUUUCUAAUAAUCUGGUAAACUUAAAUUCAUUAAUGGGCAGAAAAAGAGAUCCUACACAGGUAGUAAAAUCUGGACCUGGCAGAAAAGCUCGAAAACAACAGCCACCCACUUUUAAGGGGCUAUUAGAAGAUACAACAGAAACAAAAACAUUAAGCAGUAGGCAGAAGAAAAGAUUGAAAAAACGGGACUUAAAGAAGCAAGAACUUCUUACAAGAAAAAGAGAAAAAGAAGAACAUUUCCUGAAACUGAAGGCCCAAAAGCAACUCAGAAAUGAUUUGCAGAAAAAGCAAUCAGUUCCAAACAAAGGAAGCAAAAGCAGCCAAAAUGAUGGAAGAAAGAGGAAGCUGAUGAUGGAGGAAUCUGAGGAGGAAGAAGAAGAUGAUGAUGAUGAUGACAGUGAUGUUAAAGAUGAGAUGGAAGAUGAUGAUGAAAGUGAAGAUGAAGAACAGGUCAGUGAAGAUGAUGAAUCUGAUGAUGAAGAUAUUCAAGGAUACACUGAUGAUAAUAAACUGUGGCUAAAACCUUCCAAUCGGAAAAAGGAUGCUGAUGACAGUGAAUCUGAAGGAGAGGAAGAAAGUGAAAGUGAUGAUGAAAUGGCUGAUGAAUUUGAUAGUGAUGAAGAGGACGAUGAAGAAGAUGAAAAUGAUGAAGGGAUGUUACCCAUAGAAAAAGCCACAAAGAAGUUGAAUAAAAAGCAGGAGAAAGAAAGGAAACUAGCAGAGGCAGAGCUUCAGACCAACAUAUCAGAAAUGGAGAAGUACACACUUCCCAGUGGCCAGGAAAUCGAAAAAGAAAGCCAGCAAACACCAGACCUGCAAGUGAUACAACAAAGAAUUAAAGAGGUUCAACAUGUACUAGGAGACUUUAAGAGUAGGAGAGAAUCAGGCAGAAGCAGACAGGAAUAUUUGGAUCAACUUGUCAAGGAUCUGUGUGCUUAUUAUAGCUACAAUGAAUUUCUUAUGGAGAAACUACUACAGCUGUUUCCUCAUGAGAUAUCAGAAUUUCUGGAAGCCAAUGAAGUACAAAGACCAGUUACAAUUCGUACAAACACACUGAAAACCAGGAGACGCGACCUAGCACAGGCUUUGAUCAACAGAGGAGUGAAUUUGGAUCCCAUUGGAAAGUGGUCAAAAGUUGGACUAGUUGUGUAUGAUUCACAGGUGCCUCUAGGUGCCACACCUGAAUACCUGGCUGGACAUUACAUCAUUCAAGGAGGAUCUAGUUACUUACCUGUUAUGGCUCUGGCCCCACAGGAGAAUGAACGAGUUCUGGAUAUGUCCUCAGCUCCAGGAGGAAAGACAACACAUAUUGCUGCUUUAAUGAAGAAUACAGGGGUUGUCUUUGCCAAUGAUGCCAACAAAGACAGAGCAAAGGCGAUAGUUGGCAAUGUCCACAGAAUGGGCAUCACCAAUACUGUCAUCUGCCAUUACGAUGGAAGGAAAUUUCCCUCAGUUAUGCAUGGCUUUGAUAGAGUUUUGUUAGAUGCUCCAUGUAGUGGGACAGGGGUCAUUGCCAAGGACACAGAGGUCAAGAUGAAUAAGGAUGAAAAGGACAUUCAGAGGUGCUCCCAUUUACAGAGAGAAUUGUUACUAGCAGCCAUUGAUUGUUGUGAUGCCAAGUCUAACUCUGGUGGAUACAUUGUGUACUCCACCUGUUCUAUUCUUGUUGAUGAGAAUGAAUCUGUUAUAGAGUAUGCAUUAAGCAAAAGAAAUGUUAAAUUAGUACCCACAGGGCUAGACUUUGGAAGAGAAGGAUAUGUUAACUUUGAGAAACACCGAUUCCAUCCCAAUAUGAAACUAACUAGACGGUUCUAUCCUCACACACAUAAUCUGGAUGGAUUCUUUGUUGCCAAACUGAAGAAAUUUUCAAACAAAAUUCCAGGUGAGGAAGAGAAAACUCGUGUUGCAGCUGAGAUGGCAGAGUCUGUGAAUAUUUCUGAUGAGGGCAAGAAAGAAAAGGAGGAAAAACAUGACAGGGAACCAGCUGGUGAUGGGAAGGAAGUGUCACCAGUCAAAAAAGAAAACCAGAAAAAGGGAACCAGUAAAUGGAAUAAAAAAGACAAUGGAAAAAAGACAUUCAGACCUGGGAAAUUUAAAAAAUUCAAAAGCAGUGAUGGAAAAUCAAAGCAAAUAAAGCAGAAGAAGAAAGCUAAGACAAAAAAAUGAAUCUAUAUAUUUUAUAACAGUACAGUACAAAUUUGGAAAAUGUACAGAAUGAGAUAUGAUAGUGUGCUAGUACAAGUCAAGGAGACUUUUACUUUAAAAUGUAUCUUAUAAAGGAUUUAUGGACAAGUCAUGCUGUAACAAACAGUUUUAGUAAAAUGUUCAUCAUUUCUGAAUAUAAUCCCGUUUUGAUGAAGACGGAAGUACUGCAUUUAAAGUACAAAGAUCUCUUGCAAGAAUCAAUGAAUGUAUUCAAAUGUACAAAGACCUUUUAUAAAAAAAUAAAUGGCAGUGCAGGC